GGGAUCGCCUUUUUAUUUUGCGCACCUAAGCGGAGAGGCCCUGGGAGUGUAAGCAGUGAUGAAGUUACAGCACUGCAUGCAGAUGCUCAACUUCCGUAUUAAUGUUAUUUACGUAUGUUGCAUUUCCUAAGCGCUUUAAUUUAAACCCGUCCCCACUGUAUCGGCAUUAACGGUGCUUAACGAGCCUUAUUGCACGGACGAUCCGCCCUUCUAAGUAGCGACUAGGUCGUGCUCACGGUUUAGGGACGAUAACACUUGGGGGAAACGGGGAGGCGAUGCGUUAAACUUCGUAUUGGUGAAUAACUAGACUGCUCCGCAGGGCUGUUAAUUUCUUAAAAAAAGAAGACUAAUUUCUGAGUAGAAACCUGCUGCGGGAGGGGGAAGAGGGACACGGGGGACAGUGGGUGACUGUGUGGAUUUUACACGUUGCUGCCACGCCUCCGCCCUGCACACGUCAGACCGCGGCUGCAGGGAGCGGGGCGGCGUGAGGCCGGUUCCUGGUUACGUGUUUGACUUUGGGGAGCGAAAUGUGUCAGUCCUCCUUCCAGAUACUGGGGAGGAGGAGUGAUCGGUUUUCCACAUCCUGUACAGUUGAAAAGACAGGGGGCCCACAGGUGCUCGUUAGCUGAACCGGAGCUGCUGUUGGAAGAGAGACCUUUCUGCGAGAAGCCUCCCACUCAGGUCGUGGAGGAAACCACACUCUUAGCGGGAAGGUUAACGGGGAUAGAUCUGAGUAUAACAUAAUGUAUAUCAAAUGCAAUAGCGUUUUAACUACCCGAGAUGCACGUUUCGGGAUCUUCUGGGAAGGCCAAGCGAUGCCCACGUGGAUCCUGGAGUAAGAAGCGCGGAUUCGAGUAACUCUGCUGUCCCGUCUGCGGAGGUCUCUGGACUGGGCUUCGCUCGCAUUGCUUGGUUUCUCCACACCUCGAUCACCCCCAAUGAUCGUCCUCUCGGCUGCUUCUUCGGGGUGUACCGCCUUCCGCUAAAUGCCAUGGAGUCCGAGGAGCUAGAGUCUGAAGAGGUGCUUAUUAUGGUGAGCGAGGAAGUAGCAACCGUUCAGAGACAAUGCUACUGAAAAACUACCCCCCGGGAAGCUUUUCAGUCUGCACUCGCUGAUCGAGAGGAGAAACGUCUUUUUCGCUUUGAAUUCGCUUCAAGCUCAAGUUGGGAAGGUGGUACGUAGAAACAGAGGCUGAUCCGGGGGAGUCAAUGUCGUCGCGGCUCAAGUACAUGUCCCUGGGGGUGCUGGUCUUCCAGACCACCAGCCUGGUGCUGACGAUGAGGUACUCCCGCACGCUGCAGGAGGAGGGCCCACGCUACCUGGCCUCCUCCGCCGUCGUCUCUGCCGAGGUCCUCAAGAUCGCCGUCUGCGUGCUGCUGGUCUUCAAGGACACCAGCUACAGCGUGCGCGCCCUGAACCGGCUGCUGAGAGACGAGAUCGUGCACAAGCCCAUGGAGACGCUGAAGCUGGCCAUCCCCUCGGGCAUCUACACCCUGCAGAACAACCUGCUGUACGUGGCGCUUUCCAACCUGGAUGCAGCCACUUACCAGGUGACGUACCAGCUGAAGAUCCUGACCACCGCGCUGUUCUCCGUCUCCAUGCUGGGGAAGCGGCUCGGCGUGUACCAGUGGCUGUCGCUCCUCAUCCUCAUGGCCGGAGUCGUGCUCGUCCAGUGGCCCUCAGACGACGGCGCAGCAGGGGGGCAGAAGGAGCUGUCGGCGGGAUCCCAGCUGGUCGGCGUGUUGGCGGUGUUCGUCGCCUGCUUCUCCAGCGGGUUCGCGGGCGUCUACUUCGAGAAGAUCUUAAAGGAGACCAAGCAGAGCGUCUGGAUCAGGAACAUCCAGCUGGGCCUGUUCGGCACGAUGUUCGGGCUGAUGGGCAUGAUGGUGUUCGAUGGGCAGCGCGUGAGGCAGUCCGGGGUGUUCCAGGGCUACAGCAGGCUCACCUGUGUCGUCGUCUCCCUGCAGGCUCUGGGAGGGCUGGUGGUCGCUGCUGUGAUUAAGUACGCAGACAACAUCCUGAAGGGCUUUGCUACCUCCCUGUCCAUCAUCCUCUCCACCCUCAUCUCCUACUUCUGGCUGCAGGACUUCGACCCCACCAGCGUGUUUUUCCUGGGUGCGGUCCUGGUCAUCUCCGCCACCUUCCUGUAUGGCUACGAGGGGAAGCCAGCCCCCAACCCUAGCCGGGCAUAGCGCAGGUGAGGCGGGUCCCCGGGGUGCCCCCCCAGGCUGGGGGGCAAGGCACGCUCACAGAGGGCACACGGACCUCGGUGCACAGCGGCGCGAAAACCGCUGCCCGCUGCGCCCAGUCAAUCCUACAAGAGGCUGCGCCAUUCGGCUCUCGCUGGGCUGCUGGGGUCUGCAGGUUCACUGGACACCUGGGAGUGCGGACACGCUGGAUUUUGACAGGAAUGCCGCCACUCGCAAGCGGACACGGAUGGGGAGCCCCCGGAUAUCCGAGUUGCUGGCGUGGCAAAGAGCCCGUUCCGCUUGUCCCAGCGCCGGGAAUCACUGUAGCUGCGCAUCGGCAAGCUGGAUGUGUCCGCCGGCUUUUUUUACAUUUCAGAAUCAAGGCGGCGUUUUUUUGUUAGUUUUGGGGAGGGGGAUUUUUUUAAACGAUAUAAUGAUUGUUACAUUUUUUUUUAAAAAAGGCCAAAUUUGUUUUAUUUUGUCGUGACGGUUUUAGUUUCACUGGAGGUGGGGGAUGGUGUGGGGUGACUGGGGGCACAGGGGUGCAGGUGAGGUUGAGUGCCGGACUGGGGCUCUUCCCUGUGUGGCCCAGGCUGGCGUUCUCCUUGAAUAGCUGCUUCAGGCCGAGGAUUGAAGAGCCUUUCAGAAGUCGGUUGUGCAGUUCAUCCCGUUUCUAUGAGGUGCAUCUGUCCGAGGGGCUGUAAUUCUUGUGAGCAAUCGAUUCCCACAGGAGGAUUUGCAAAGAAUGCUGCAGUCGAUAGGAUUGUUACAUUAUUAGGCAUCCAGCUUUUUUUAACAUGGUUGAGAAGUUCCUACCACGGAUCAAACCCCUACCCUCAUUCUACCUGGGCAUCAAGCGGUUGGUAUUCUUAAUACCCAAUUGUGUACCCGGUGCUCUCAUCCAGUGCAGUUAAUGAUACAGUACAGUCGACAGAUGAGAGGCACCCCAAGUCUGCAUGAAGUAAAAAUAAAAACUUUUCAAAGUGCGUCAGACACAUGAAAGCAUAGUGCACUGAUUUCCACCUGUGUCAAAUGGCUGGGGAAUGUAGCUUGGUUGGCACGAGAAAGCGAUCAUAAGCACAAAACCUAGUUACAGCUGGUUCAAAUAAUCCGUUAUUCCUUUGAACAGGCUGCACUACACAAAGGACGAGGGGCUCGACUCUGGAAAAUAGGCUGUAAAACGUCAGCUAGACAGGGAAUUAACUACAGCCAUGUCCUUUUAAGUGGAGAUUUUGGGAGAUGUGGGCCGUGCUUUUAUGUAAUUGUCAUUUUGUUAAUGUAUUUGAGAGAAAUAUUGUUUAUAAAGAAUACAGAAUAUUGAAAACCCAUUAAACCCUUUCCCGUUUGUUCACUG